CAAGUCCUUUCGUUACUGUACUCCUUGGUUAAUAUCUUGCUGUUUUUGGUCUUCUCGUUCGUUAUUCCCCCGAAUCAUUGAAGAUGCCCAUUGAAAACGACAUGUGGUUGUUAGGCCCCGAACAUCAUACAGCAUCCCCCGACGAGCUCCACGAAGUCUGUCUAGAUGAUGACGUUGAAGACAUCAGGGUUCCUCUACCGGCCGGGAGUCGACCCGAAUGCCUGAAAAAUGCCUUUUACGAAUGCGUAUUCGUUGCCCUUAUCGCCUUUGCUGCGGCUACUCCCGUUUUUCUCCAGCGUUCCGUCGUCGUCGUUGCCGGGUCUAUUUCCGGUGCUCUCGAAAUGACACCAGCUCAGAUAGCAUGGGCUACCGCAAGCUCUGGAUUAACGACCGGGGCCUUUUUACUCCCGUUUGGCUACAUCGCUGAUAACUGUCCGGUUCUACCUCGAAAAACUCUGUUGAUCGUUAGCCUAGUAGCAUUCUGUCUGCUUGUGUCCUGUACAUCUUUCUCAAAGAACGGAGUCGUCCUAGACGUCAUAUCUGGGCUAACUGGAAUUGCUUGUGCGGCGAAUGUUCCUAUCGCCGUGGGUAUACUGAGUCUUGUGUACCCCACACCAUCGCGUCGCAAGAAUAUGGUCUUCUCUUCUUUCUUAAUGGGCACUCCAGCAGCAACCAUCAUCGGUGGUCUUGGUUCGGGCGCCUUAGCUUUCGAGGUUAAUUGGAAAGCCCCCUUCAUAGCCUUGGCUGCUCUAUACGCCGUUAUCUCCGGACUAGCCUGUGUAUUUGUCCCCAAUAUUCCGAACCCUGAGCCAAUUCAAGAAAAGACAGAAAUGCGUAUUUUCGCCGAGCCAGAAUCAUUCCCGAUAUUAUCAAUUGAGACGCCCAAGAGGAAAUCGCCGUUCCUAGAGUUUGAUUGGCUUGGGCUACUUCUGCUCGUGUCAGGUCUUUUGCUGUUCACUGUCGCUCUCACAAUUGGCCCGCAGGGUCCAGAACCGUGGAAGACGCCGACAGUUAUACUUCUUCUAACUCUGGGCGUGAUUAUUUGCACAUUGGGUGCUGCUAUGUCAUUCUACUCUCAACUCUUUUGGGUUUCUUUAUUCAUGCAAGAUCUUGAAGACCUCCAACCUUUUGGUAUUGCCUUGAGGUUAUUACCUCAGGCUCUUGUGGGAUUGUUACUUAGCCCUCUCGUGGGCUUGAUCAUGCAUAAAAUUUCAGGAACUGUGCUAUUAGCUGUGGCUGCCGCUGCUCUUGUUACUAGCAAUGUGCUUCUCGUAUUCUUGCGUCAGGGAAGUAACUAUUUGGCCUGGAUAUUCCCGUCAAUCAUGUUGAGUACUAUUGGAAUGGAUUGGACUAUGAACGUUGGUUCGCUCUACAUUUUAUCAUCUCUUCCGUUGAAGCAACAUUCCAUUGGAGCUUCAUUGCUUCAAACAACUAGUCGUCUUGCUGUUCCUCUUGGUAUGGGUAUUACUACCGCAAUCUGGUCAUCGUACGAUGGAGAUCGCUUAGGUGCACACCCAGAACUGGCAUAUACCAACACCUUCAUAGCAACCUCGGCUUUUGCCGGGAUCCCUCUGUUACUAGUACCGUUCAUACGAAUUGGAAGACAAGGCCGCCCAAGACAUGAAUUACCAGGGCACAAACACGAUGAAGCUAAACCAGAUACUCCUCUUCUUCCUCAACUUCCACCUACUCCACCUCGUAAUCCCCGAAGUGAGAGUGGAAACCGUCCAAGCAAACGAUGGUCACCCGUUGAUACAAUAGCUACUUCAGUCGUGGGUGAAAGACAACACGCUGCAGCUCCUUCAGUAUCAUCACAAUCAUCGCGCAGGAGCGCAGAUACCAGAAGGACCAACAGUACAACAAAAACAACUAUUAGACGAGGACGUAGUCCAUCCGAGAGAGUUGUCUGGAUCGUCUGUGAAGAAUGCGGUACCAGCAAACGCCAUGUCCAACCACAUAGUAUCAUCGGCGAUCCAGCUCGUUACUUUAAUGAUCCCGCUUUUAGUAAUAUGGCUGAAACUCGCAUCCGUCAUGUAAGCCCUCAUAAUGAUAAUAGGAAUGGUAUUAAUCAGGCACAUCACCCCCAGCCCCCGAGGCCAUAUGGUGGGCGUCGACGCCUACCGCUUGUGAAUCGACAGAUUAUGACGCAUCAAAUGCUGACGCAGGGUUUCCAACCUUGACUUUCUAAUUGACGGAAAUACCGAGGGUUAUUCUAAUGGGAGAUAUUAAUUGCCCUGGUUCAAUCCGAAGCCACUCUAUGGCAACAUUCAUAGCGAAUUUUGGUUGGGUCCGAAACCUCUUUGGAAGCUUUUGGUGGGACUUCUUUGCUUAAAGUAAUUGGUGAAAAGUCAGAUUGUAUAUAUAUACCUUGAUUCUCAAGAUAGCUCAGUGCCUCUUUAUACUGCCAUAAUAUAUCAACAUUCUGAGG